CAUGCGCCCUCGGCACGCGCCCUCGCCGCCCGGGGCUCUGCCCGCAGCCCGGGGAGCAGCUGAGACACAAACACUCGCACGUGCGCCCCCGCCCCUCCCCGCGCACGCGCCCCGGGCCUCCGCGCGCACCCUCCCCCCAUCCCGGCUUGCUCCGAUCCAGUGCCUCCUGCAGCUCCAGCCCCAGCCCCGCGGCAGACCUGGCCAGAGAAGACAGUGGCGGCGUCUGCGGGCUCCCGGUGAGCGGCGGCUGUGACCGAGACAGUGACAGAGGCUGAGGCGGCGGCGGCGGCGGCAGCGGCAGCGGCAGCGGCAGCGCUGGUGAGGAGGCGGCUGCGGAGAGCGGGCGGGGGGUGGGGGGCGAUGCCGCCGGCCCCAGCCCCGAUCCCCGACCCCGGAGCACCGCGGGCUGUGUCCCAGGCCGGCCUCUGAGGCGCGCGCAGGACCGAACCCUCCGGGCUAGUCCCGACCCAGCAGGUGCGGCGGCGCCGCUGACCCUGCCCGAGGAGAUGGUGGGCGCUGCGGGGGGCGGGCCCGGGCAGCUCCUGUGACCCCGCCCGGCCCUAGACCUGGCCGCACAGUCCUGGGAUCACCCCCCUCCCCAGUAGUGGACGGCCCUGGGACCCCUCCCCUUUCUGAGCCAACAGCGUCGGGACGCCCCCACCUUAGCAGACAGUUCUGGGACCAUUCUCUCCCCACCUCUCCUCGCCCCCAGCAGACAGCUGUGAAAUACCCCCCCACACACAUACCCUGAGCAAACUGUCCUAGGAGAACGCUCCAGUGCCCCUGAUCAAACAGCUCUGGGACACUUUCUCCCACACACUGGUCACACUGACCUGGUGACCCCUUCCAGUUCUGCAGAGAGCCUGGUGACACCCCCUCCUGAAGCAAACAGCCCCUGGAAGCCUCUUCCCCCACCCCUGACCGGACAGCCCUGGGAUUCCCCACCCCAGGACCCUGGGCAGACAGGGCCCCUCUCAAGGCUGGACCAGCCCAAGGACUGCCCUCAUCAGCUUGAACCUUCCCCUCUAGACGGGCCAGAGAGUGCUGUCACCUCCACCCCCAGCUCACAGAAGUGACCCUCCCCACACACACCCAGUCUGCCUGGAGAGCCUGGGGCCACACACCGGGCCCCAGAUUUCCUGGCCCACCUGUUUGCCUCCUUGUCCCUCUCAUACGAGAGGCGCCCAGCCAGGCAGGCAGCCUUUGCGCUCUCUCACCUUAGAGAGCCUUCAUCGCCCCUACCCAGAUAGUACCUGGUAAAGUUCCUGAGAGAUCUCUCUCACGUCAGUCUGUUUAUUGUCUCUGUGUAUGCCCUGAUGACCAGACUUCAGCAAAUAUGUUCCUACUGAUAAUGACCCCCAUUCCCUUGAUCCUUUCCCCAUUAGAACAUUUCCAGUUACUCUUUCCUCUAGGCCUCCCACUGUGAUAUUCCUCCCCCCCUACCAGUGACACUAUGCAACACCAGAGUGGUUGCCGAGGCAUCUGGCUCCUGCCCCUGUCCCUGUUCCUGUCUAGCCUUGGGGUGGCCAGAACCGGGCGCUCCCUUCUCAGCUGUCCUACAGCCUGCCUUUGUGCCAGCAACAUCCUCAGCUGCACGAAACGGGACCUGGUGAAUGUUCCACAAUCUCUGCCCCGCUACACGGCACAACUGGAUCUUAGCCACAACAAUCUGACCCACCUUCGGGCCCAGUGGACCUCCAUACGCCUGAUCCAUCUUCACUCGUUGUUCCUCAGCCAUAACAACCUGCACUUCAUCUCCACGGAGGCCUUCUCCCCAGUGCCCAAGCUGCGCUACCUGGACCUCUCCUCCAAUCAUUUGCGGACCCUGGAUGAGUGCCUGUUCAGUGAACUUCAGGAGCUGGAGGUAUUGUUAUUGUACAACAAUCGAAUUAUGGAGGUGGACCGCAGCGCCUUUGAUGACAUGGUCCACCUACAGAAACUCUACCUGAGCCAGAACCAGAUUGCUCGAUUUCCUGUAGAACUGGUCAAGGAUAGGUCCAAGCUGCCCCAGCUGACCCUCUUGGAUCUAUCUUCUAACAAACUGAAGCUGUUACCCACGUCUGAUCUGCAAGACCUGCCAGCCUGGAUGAAAAAUGGCCUGUACCUGCAUAACAACUCCCUCACCUGUGACUGCGAGAUAUACAAGCUCUUCACCCACUGGCAGUAUCGCCAGCUGAGCUCGGUGGUAGACUUUCAGGAGGAUCUGUACUGUGUACAUUCCAAGAAGACGCUCAGCGUCUUCAACAUGAGCAGCACCCUGAACUGCAGCGAGUUCAAGGAGUGCGCGUUUGAAGCCCACCUUGGGGAGACCCUGACCAUCAGCUGCGACACCAAGCAGAAGGGGAUGAGCAAGGAAUGGGUGACGCCAAACAACGAAAGAGUACUGGAGGAGGCGGGCAACAGCACCGCGAGGAUGUUGAAAGACGGUAGCCUGCAAUUGCGACACAUUCGGGUGGAGGAUCAGGGACUGUACACCUGCUACGCGGUAGGGGAGGUGUUCAAUGAAACGUUGUCUGUGGAGGUGAAAGUCCACAACUUCACCCAGCAUGGACCUCAUGACACUCUCAACACAGCCUACACCACGCUGGUGGGCUGUAUCCUCAGCGUGGUCCUGGUCCUGAUCUAUCUGUACCUCACCCCCUGCCGCUGCUGGUGCCGCGCUGGGGAGAGACCUGCGAGCCAUCAGGGAGAUAGUCUCAGCUCCUCCAUGCUUAGCACGACCCCCAACCAUGAUCCGAUGGCGGCUGGGGCUGGUAAGGACACUGGUUUUGACCGUCGAGUGGCCUUCCUGGAACCCACAGGACCCGGGCAGGGCCAAAAUGGCAAACUAAAGCCUGGCAACACCCUCCCCGUGCCUGAGGGGACCAAGGGGCAGAGGAAAAUGUCUGAUCCGGAGUCAGUCAGCUCAGUCUUCUCGGACACACCCAUUGUGGUGUGAGGAGGGUGGGGUUGAUGGGAAGAUCCCCUGGAAAGAGGUAAUGGUCACCUCCAAAGGAUGUAAGGGGAAAGAAGAGGGCUGCCUGAGUGGGGGGGGGGGAUCCUCCCCUGUCCUCAAGGGAAAUGGGCACAGAUACAACAUCAGGCAAGAAGCCCCACCUCCAUCCCUGGGUGUAGAAGAUUUUCAAAUACAGAUCUGUAACUCUCAGGCAAACGCUGCACCCCUAUUCAAAGUUCUAGCAAGUUCUGAUGAUGAAGGAACAUGUCUAAUAGGUGGGUCUAGUGGGAAAUAGAUUCCCUAAGCUUUUACUACAUCAUCUUCGACCCAUAAGAAAGUGGUCAUUAUCCAAGCAUUUGAAAAGAAAAAAAGUUUUUUUUUUUAAACAAUAUCUUCUUCCACCUCUACCCAGGGAUUUGGGGUGGGACUUAAUGGGAACAGAUUUGGGCAGUUGGCCUAAGUCUAGUAGUUUUCAGCUGCAGGUAUAUCCUCUUUGGUUAGGAACCUACAUCUCUAUAGACAGGGAAAUUGUAAACCUUAAGGAAGGAGAUAGGAAAAAAACAAAAGGCCCUUGAAUCAAGAGUGACCCCCAAAGCUGUUCUGAAACUUUUCCAUCUUCCUCUUUCCCAAGAAGAAUUAAGUAGGUGACUGCAUCACAGAAGCAAAUAACCAGCAUGAUGCUAUGGUCAACUAGGGACCCCUUAUAACCAGUAUAAGCUUAUAGAGGGCAAUGAUAUAAUGGAGUGCAUCAUUGGGGGAUUAUCAUUGGUAGAAGGUGCUGUCUGGGGUGAACUGGGUUGUUUGGGUCACAGCUUAGAACGCCUCAAAACAUACUCCUGGGGAGAACAGUGGGGAUUCUGACUCUGAUCUCUUUUCUGCUGUGCAUUUGUACUUGACAAGGUCUACUGAAUAUCACCUCAGGCAGGGCCUUUGCAGGCACCUGGUGUGAAGGAUGAUUGAGUGAAGAGCAAGGAGAAGUGGGAGGACCCGAAGGAAACUUGCCCAGCAUAAGGAGGAGGCUAAAUCAGCCUCCAUUUCGUGAAGCCUUGUAUGAUCUAUCUAGUUUUUUCCCCUUGCUUUUGGAAAAGAUGAACUUUCUCUCUACAGCACAGUGGGGGAAGGACCCAUAGGGGGCCUACAAUCCUUUUGAGUAGAUUGGUGUUUGGGUGAAGGGAAGGGGUAAUUACAAUGUAAAGUGUCCUUGAAUUGGCAAGGCUUCCUUCUCGGGUCUAGGCUGACUGAUGGUGAUCUUCACUCGGCUCUCACCACUGCGAGGCUGGAGUAAGGGAUUAGCUGUGCACAAGGCUUGAGAGGAAUGGUCUGUCCCAGAAUGGACACUUUGGGGUACAUAUAUGCUUAAAGUGCUCCAAUUGCCCCCCCCCCUUGCAAGCAGUCCUACUGUAGGUCAGAGAAACUGAAUCAAACCUACAUGAGGCUGCCACCUUUGUCUCAGUGGUGGUGGAAUUUCCUCACUGGUUGUGGGUCGGGAAUAUGUGGUGAUGGGUAGAGUCCUUCUAAGGUUGGAAACUAGCUUGGGACCAAGAAGGUGACUGUAUGCUGCAGCUCUUCUCCCAGGCUCUAUCAUGUAGUCUUUUCAACAACAUUUCAGGUUAUUCUGAGCAUUGGAGGCAGAGCUACAGGAAGAUUGAAGAUGAGGAAAAAUAUAUCUCUUUUCCUUUACAUUUUUCAGUCUGCUUCUUCCCUCCCGGUCUUGGCCCUGUGUUCUCUCCUCCCAAUGGCUUUCUGCCUAGGGAAGUGUGUACUUUCCACUUGGCUCAGACCAGGGAUGCUCUCUCCAGGCAUUUGAACUGCUUUCUGGGUCCCAGUAGGAGGUAUUCCUAAGUUGGCAUCUUCUAGGGGAAUCCAAGGUCAGAGAUUCAGAUCCGAAAGGGGCCUCAGAGGUCAUCUGUGAGAGAGUUGGAAACAAGCCUCGGGAGGUCUGAUGACUCCAACAAUGUCACACAUAGAGGGUGAAGGUUGCCAGUCACUUGCACAAGGUCGUUCCAUCUACCUAACAGGAUUAGGGCAGGGGACUAGCACUGGAGAUGCUGCCCUCAUCCAUCCUUGGGCUCUUCAGACUGUAUUCCACCUCUUUCAGCAGUAGAGAGAUGCAGCAUUUCCCUAGUUAUUUACAGCUUAUAGGUAUGCAUGCACACCAGCAUUUUGGCAUUGACCUAGACAGUGUGUCUCCUUUGAUUUUUUCCGAUGCCCAGUUAUCCCCACAUUCACACAGCUUUAAAAAUAUAAUGUAUUCUAGCAAAGGCUUCCUGAUGGUCCUGCAAUAUCCCUUCAGUAUAAAAUCACUUGGACUUUCCCUCCCUGAACUUCACGGAGCUUCACCCCUUUUCUGAGAGGCAUUGCAGCACAGUGGGUAGAGACUGAAUUUAGAACCUGAAUUAGACACCAGCUGUGCAAUCUUGGGCAAGGCACUUAACUUCUCUGUCUUUCCUCAUCUGUAAAUUGGACAUAACACCUGCCUCACAGGGUUGUUGUGAGGAUCAAAUGAGAAAACACAUCAAGUGCUUUGCAAGCCAUCAAGUACUGUGUAAGCGUGUGCUAGUAUUACUGUUCUAUGAUCGAUGCAGUCACAUGACUUCCCUAUUCUUGCUGGUGUUUUGAGAAUGCCUUUGAGGGAAGGAAGAACUGGAAGCUGAAACCGGGUCUCAGCUCCUUGGAAAUUUUACUUUAAUCUAAGAUAUCCUUAGGCAAGAGCCAUGAGAUUCCAAAAUGGCAUUUCCCUUGGAAGUGUCUUAGCAAGGCUCAGAGUAUGAGGGAGAGACAGAGAUAGAUGGACAGGAUAGCAGGCCACUCUGUCACCUUUUCCUUGUCAAGUGCCAUGGUAAGACUAGGGAUCUCUACCAUUGGCUAGGAAUAGGAGGAAAGAGUUAAAAUGAAUUUCCUGUGACUGGUUGUCUUCUAAAGGUCUUAAUGGACAUUUCCUUCCUCGAAAUAAGAAGAAUUCCAGUCUCAGAUUUAUCAGGGAAUCGGGCAAGUUGAACUUUUUGAGGUUCUUUUGGUUUGUUUUUUUGAGGCUGAACUCUGUCCGAGGUUCUGAGAAUCUCCAGAAAGAUAAGUGAAAUGAACUAGAUUCUGGAAACAUUCCUAGUGACCCAGAUUUCUGGCUAGUUAACUGACCAGCAGACUGAUUCCCUGCAAAAUGAAGAAAGUCCCUGUUUGUUUUUCUAAGGCCUGUUAAUGGAUAGACGUAUGUAUGAUUAGCAGGCUCUAUUCUGAUUGCUGUUGAUAGAACCUCUUCCCUCCCCCGCUCCAAUGGCUUUCUGCCUAGGGAAGUGUGUACUUUCCAUCCUAGGGGUUCAUUGGUGCCUACAGAGAGAAUGAUCAGGGCACUGGUAGAAAGAAAGCUGAAGGGACUGCCCACAAGACAGAAAAAAUCCUUGGAAGCAGGUGUCCCUGAAGACUGAAUGUGACAUUGCUGCACAAUCUGUGUUUAUGUGUAAUCUUUUUUUCUUUACUUGUAUUCGUGGGGUUCUCAGAAAGGAACGGAGAAGGAAGAGCUACCUCGUCCUGACCAGGCAGGUAGCUGAAAGCCUGUUGGAUCUGACUUUGAGUGUUUCUGCCCUCCCCCGCCCCACCAGCCCUGGUCCCCUUGCUGGCAAAGCAAAUGAGGCCCUUUGUGUCCAGGUUCCCUCUCCUCCCACUUGUGUAUAUCCAGGCUGGCAGACCCCACAGCCUCCUGACUCCACCAUCUGUCUGAGCCUCUGCUCUGAAGAAUAGACAGUGAUCAUUAAACCAGGCAUGAGUCUGUUCGUA